AUGAAUGGUCCUAAAGCUCGUCUUGAUCUCCUCCAUUCCUCCAUUCUCUCCCGAGUCGUGGGAUACCUCGGACCUUGGGAUAUUGAAGUGUUAUCCUGCGUCAACAAGCGGCUCAGGGCAGCGUCUCUUCCCGUGCUCUUCCGCGCAGUCAAAUUUGAAUUUUCCAAAACCGGGUUGAAUGGCCUAAAACGCCUCUCGGGCUCCGAUAUACGCCAAUAUGUUGUCUCCUUAACAUACGUCGCCCCGGAAAUCCUCAAGCCAGAAAUUCUGAACUUUGAGAGCUUCGGUUCUGAGAUAUUGACCCCUGAUGACUAUGUUGACUGUGUAUUCGGCCGGGAUUCCUUUCUUUGCGAAUUUCCUUCAUACAUGCUGGCUUACGAUGUUUUGCGCGACAUCUGCGAAGAGCAGCGCAAUAUUGUGGGAAGCGAUCUUGAACGCAUUGCGUUAUCCUCUAUUUUCACGGAGUUUCCUACGUUGGAAUCUCUGAAUGUAUGGUUCUGUCGGACUAUAGAAGAGGAAGAAUGGAUAGAGUCUGUACUGGCUCGAGGUUUAACUACCGAAGAAUCCCGUGAAUACUAUUACGAUGCCAUUCGAAAUGCCAUUAAGGUCGCAAGGGAAUCUGGAUCUAUUCGGAACAGUAUCUGUCUCUCCUACACUGAGCUGCCUACCUAG